AUGUACUCCCUUCUUUUACUCGGUUCUGCCGCCAUUGCGGUCGCACAACGAGGAUACAGUCCACCGACCGUCGAAAAGUGUCCAGGCUAUGAGAAUGCAUCUAAGAUAGCUUGCGUCCAGAACUAUGCAGCCGUGCUACCAUAUCCUUUCGAACGAGCAAAGACUGUCAACGGCAUACCACCUGAUAACGACACCUUCGUCGACACUGCUGUGCCGUCAGAUCCUUCGUUUAGCCAGCUACAAAAUGCUUCUUUCGUGGUUUUCAAUCAGGCGCGAGGACUCGACAUCCUGGGCAUCAAUCCGAAGGUCGAGAAGGUGUUUGAUGCACCACCGGCAGACAGCAUCCACGAAGCACCGGUCUAUGUGCCCGAGUUGAAUGCGGUUAUCUACUCGCUGCCACAUCAGGGCAUUUAUCAGCAACAGAUCGUCAACUUGAAUAGCACGCCACCAACUUUGAGCAAUUUCACUACAAGUCCGCCGGUCUACGCUGUCAAUGGCGGCAAGUACUACAAAGGCAAAAUCUACUGGGCGGUCGAAGCCUCCUUUCCCUUUCCAAAUCCGAGCAACGCAAGUCAGAUUGUGCAUCAAGCACCAGGAAUCUAUAUGCUGGACCCGAUCACUCGCGAAGUCACGACACUGCUGAACAACUAUUACGGCCAACUCCUCAACAGUCCCAACGACCUCUUCAUCGACAGCGUAGGCGAUAUCUGGUUCACUGACUCCUGGUACGGCUAUGCUAUUAACGUGACGGACUACCCGGUCCUGGCACCCAAUACUUAUCGCUUUCGCCCAUCGACUGGCGCAGUCAGUAUAGUAGAGAAUACACUGCAGCAGCCCAACGGCAUUGGCAUUAGUCCCAAUGGCAGGACAAUGUAUAUUACCGACACCGGCUUCACGAACUUCGAUAAUGCGCCUGUGGAUGUCCUGCCGAGAUAUACCGUUAACCCUCUUGGUGGUCGAACGGUAAAUGCGUACGACAUCAACUUCUCACCUGCUGGAAAUUACUUGACGGCCAAGAGGCCGAUAUGGUACGCGGAGACUUUUGGCGAUGAUGGCUUUCAUGUUUCCAAAGAGGGAUACUUGCUUGGAGCCGCAGGGGCUGGUGUUGAUGUGCUGUCCGAAUUUGGGGAGUUGAUCAUGAGGAUCGAGGUUGAAGGGACGGUGAAUAAUUUGCAGUUUGCUGGGAGCAAGAGGGAUGAGGUAUGGUUGUUUGGUUUUGGUGGGAUAUACAAGGUUAGUGGGCUGGGACAGAUUCAUGGUAUGGCUGAUGAGUGA